ACUUCAUUCUACAUGGUCGGUUGAGCAGUCAACACCGUUUGGUAUUCCAAAUUAAAACAAAAUAUAUAGUAAAAAAUUAAGUUUUGUAGACAUUUCGGCAUUUCAAAAUUCUUUGCACAUGGAUCUCUCCAAGGCCGAAAGUCAAACGCCCGCUCAAGAGCGUCGCUCGGGAAACCCAGAUUAUCUGAGGACCCUCCUGCAGGACAUCCUGUGUUUCCUUGUUCUGCUUUCGGUUGCUUUGCUAAUUGUGGCUGGCAUCCUGUUUGUGGUGGAGGACGUCAGUCGUCUGCAACAACAGCAGCAGCAGCACUACCACCAUCGGCAUCUCCAUCGGGAUCAGAUAGCCAACGAUUGGAAAGGAUCGCCGCUUGAGGAGCCACCCAAAACGGGAUGUCGAUUCUUCCGGCCACAUACGUGGAUUAGAUUCUUCAACUGCCAGAAAAAGGUCCCUGAACUGCAGCAGCCGGAAGAAGUAGAAAAGGAGGCGGUGCAGUUUGGGCCAAGCAAACAGGACGACCAAGGGCAGCAGCCUUUCGAUUCCGUUCCCACUUACCAUCCGGCUAUAGAACCUCUUCCUUUGCGAGCGGGCGGAGACUACAUCGAGGAAGCUGCCAAUAAGAAACUGGAUGCGGAACCCCAUCAACUGCUGGCCGACAAUAUCUACAGGACCUAAAAUAGAAACUGUCCCUUUUACAGACGUUUAAAAUGCUGUUUGAAUGUUCUUAUUGAUGCCCUUGCAGCUCCAGACUAUUGGGUAUUCCCUGAUAGUUUUGUCAUUUGAUGUACGAAAGCCACCGGGCUAGCUCUAAUCAAUCGCCUUUGAUUCAGAGUUAGUCCCGUUCUUACAAAAUCAAAUCUCCUCUUGGGUCUUUGAACCCCUUAUAUUAAAUACGCCCUCUGCCUUAGGUGGCCAUCAAGAGCUACAUAGAACUCGGAUAAGGAGAAAGCUAAUCCCAAAAACUUAGAUUUUUAACGGAUUUAAAGGAACCUUAAAAAGAUGUUAUAAAAUUGUCAGACUGUUUUUGUUGACUCCUCGACAGCUCCAAACUAUCGGGUAUUCCCUGAUAGAUUUGCCAUUUGAUGUACAAAAGCCACCGAGCUAGCUUCAAUCAACGGCGAUUGUGAGAUAGUCUCGGAAUUACAAACAAUAUAGUACCUUAUUGCAUACAGGCCACUUGGACUAUGAUAUAUGCCCCUUUUGCUGUUGGCCAUCAAGAGCUAUAUCUCAAAAAGAACAUUCACAAGGCAGACAGCAAGGAGAUGUAUAGAAAAGGUUCCUGCGAUAAACCGAUGAUGUUUGUAAUAAAUUCGGGAAAAUUCAGCU